AUGGCGACAAGUGUCGCAGAGCAGACGGGUGGAGAUGCUGAAGGCGUGGCUGAUCAGGUGGAUGCCGAAGAAGUUACAGAUCAAGGGUCUCCUACCAGCGUCUCGGAGAAACAGAUAGGACGCUUCUUAAAGGUUGCUCCCGAUGGACUUUUUGGCGCACCUUGCAUCUCUCAAAGGGUACUAGCUCAACGUCCUCUUCGGGUUUCCAUCCUUCUUCAGGAGAGACCUCCGAACGAAUUCCCUCAACUUAGUCAUGAUUCUUUGAUUGCUAUUGGGGAGGAGGGACUGGGUUUGCUUGCUCUUUUUCAGCCCUUGAGCAGAGCAUUUUCUUGCCAUUACCUGAUCGCUCUUGAUCUAGCUGACUCUGGUGCCAAGGAUUGGGGAACGGAUUUUCUGAUGCAUGGCAGAUUUCAUGGAGUUGAUCUUGCCAUUCCAUGGUCUGACCAGAAUGCCAUUGUAUGGGGAGACUUCGUUAAUGACCAUGAAGGUUUAAGAGCUGAUUACUGGUGA